UCUUUUGUUUGUUUCAUUUACUGCACAAAACGACGACCCAUUCAGCUGGUAUUUUUUCUGAUUUUUACUUCAGUUUUUACUGAAUAUUUCUGAAGAUUGGAGGAUGGUGUCAAUAAUAAUAAAAACAUUUUUCCUUGUUACAAUUUUCGAAGUUGUACGUGCAACUCAAUGGUUGAAAAUAGAAGAAGCCAUUAAAACAGCUAAAGAAGAGAAAAAGCUGGUGUUGUUUUAUAUGCACAAAGAAGCUUGUAAACCAUGUAAAAAGUUAAGUGAUUCUCUUGAAAGUUCAAAGGAGUUUGUUGAACUUAGUUCAAAGUUUGUGCUUGCGUCAGCAGUUGAUACUGAACUUCCAAAAGAUAAAAAGUAUGAUUUAGAUGGAAAGUAUGUUCCAAAAAUAGUAUUUUUAAAUAACGGUGUUGUGUUAAGUGAUAUUGUCAAUGAAGAUGCUAAAAGUAAUAAAGCAAAAUAUUUCUACAAAAAAGCCGAACAUGUUGUUAAGAGCAUGAACAAGGCUUUAGAAAAAGGGGAACUACAUAAUGGAUUUGGAACUGAUUACGUUUGGUAUGAUUGGGAGAGUGGUUUAAAAGCUUCAAAAGAACAUUCCAAACCAAUUCUUGCAGUUUUUCAUCAAGAUUGGUGCAGUGCUUGCCAACGUUUAAAACCAAAGUUUGCAGAAUCUGAGGAAAUCAAACAAUUAGCUGGUGAAUUUAUAAUGAUAAACACUGAUUCAGAAGAAGUUGUGAAAGCAGAGAAGUAUAAAGCUGAUGGUGAAUACUAUCCCAAAGUUAUUUUCUUAGAUGAAGAAGGUGAGCACUACAAGGGGGAAUGGAAUCAUGGAACUAAACAUCCUCAUGUUUUACAUUACUAUGACAGUGGGGUUGAAAUUGCUGCAUCGAUGUCACGAAUUUUGGCAAAUCGAUCAGAGCUUAACAAAAUUGAAGAUCAUGGUUUUGGAAAACAUCUUAGAUUUGUAAAAUAUGAAGAAGGAAAAAAAAUGGCAAAAGAACAAGGGAAACCAAUGAUGUUGAUCAUUCAUAAAUCUUACUGUGGCGCAUGCCAAGCUUUGAAACCAAAAGUUCGAUCAGAUCCUGAAAUUGCAGAACUUAGUACACAUUUUAUUAUGGUCAAUUGCAAUGAUGAUGAAGAACCAAAUGAGGAUCAGUUUGAUUUAGAUGGAGCAUAUAUUCCACGCAUCUUCUUUCUUGAUAAUUUGGGAAAAGUUGAACCAAGUAUUUUUAAUGAUGAUAAGGAAUACAUUAAAGCAAAAUAUGCUUAUGGUUCAACUGCUGGAAUUGUCAAAUCUAUGAGGAGAGCUUUAGAAAUGAAUCUUGGAAAAAGAGAACAACCUGGAAAAAAAGGUUUUGGUACAAACAUCAAUUGGAUGGGAUACGAAGAAGGUUUAAUACAAGCAAAAAAAAUGCACAAAGCUAUUAUGCUGGUCAUGUAUAAUGAUUAUUGUGAAUUCUCAUCAUUUAUGAUGAAGCAGUUCAGAGAAUCAAAUGAAAUAGCAGAAGUUGCAAAGAAAUUUGUUAUGAUUAAUGUUGGGGAAGAAGAAGGCAAAGCUUUGGGUGAAAAAUUUGAUGUUGAUGGAACAUACACCCCUAGAAUUUUUUUUAUGGAUCCUGAUCAGAACUUGCGUACUGAUAUAAACAACACAGAUUCACCAUACAAAUUAACCCUUUUUUAUUAUGGUAAAACUGAAGAUAUUUUAAAUGCUAUGAAUCUUGCGUUAGAAAAAAUUAACCUGACUCUUGGACGUGGUUUUGGGGAAUACAUUGAGUGGAAGCGAUUUGAAAAUGCAUUAGAACAUUCAAAAGAGUCUAAAAUGCCAAUCAUGCUAAUUAUUCAUAAAUCGUGGUGUGGAGCUUGUAGUGCUUUAAAACCUAAGAUUGCCAAUUCAAGACCAAUAUGGAAACUUUCAUACUAUUUUAAUAUGGUCAAUGUUGAGGAUGAAGAAGAACCACUAGACAAUCAAUUUUUUAUUGAUGGUGGAUAUUAUCCAAGAAUAUUUUUCCUAGAUUACACUGGCAAGGUACAUCAUGAUUUGCAUAAUAGAGAUCCUGCAUUCUUGAAAUACAAGUUUUCUUAUCAAGAAGAAGAACAAAUCAUAAACUCAAUGCGAUUUGCUAUUGCAAAGUUAUCAACUUAUGCUCUUCCAACAGAAGAUCAAAAAGUAAUAACUGAAGGUAGCUCAAUAGAUACAACAAAUUUGACUAUGGGUAAACGCAUCUUGGUUGAAGGAGGAUUAACUUCAGUAACAAUUGAUGAAGCACUUGAAAUGUCCAAGAAAACGAAGAAGCCAAUUAUGUUUAUUAUACAUAGAACUACGUGUCCUUCAUGCAAAGCUGUUUUAAAAAUGAUAACACGUGAUGAAGAAUUUAAAGGAAAGCUAGAACAUUUUAUCUUGGCUGAUAUUGAGGAUGACAUAGAUGAUGUAAAAGCUGACUCUUAUGAUGUUGAUGGAGGUUAUGUUCCACGAAUAUACUUUUUAGAUCCACAAGGAAAAAUAUUUAAAGACAUUUGGAAUCUUGGAACUAACUACAUGGACAACAAAUUUUAUUACUAUGAAAUGAUCAGUAUUAACCGUGCUAUGGAUAAAACAUUAAAGAAAAUGGAAACCUGGGAACCAAGCUUAGAAGAGGCUGGAUCGCAAGCAACAAAAAACCAAAAUGAGAAGAAAGACGAAUUAUAAUAGUUUUUGUUAAAUAUGUGUUAUUUGAUGUACUAUCUGGUGUGUUAUUUGGUGUCUGUCCUUUAUAAUUAGUUUAUUUGCAAUUUAUAAUUAGUUUUUAUUUGCAAUUACUGUGUACAAGUUUUAUUACUAUACAAUAGGAUAAUAGUAUAUUUGUUAUAUUUAUAAUACAAUUUUAAAGAUGCAUUUUAACUUUAAUUUUUAAAAAAACAGAGUAAAAUAAAAAGUAAAAAAUACUUACAAA